GCCGAACUUUCAAUGUAAAAUGCAACUUCAGUAUAGGUUACGAACGGAUAGGGGUCUACCUCCAACCACGGUUCGCCAGAAUUGAUGGAGUCGACCCCUGAACAUGAUGUUUAUUUCGUAACAGCUUUCAGUCUUCUCCUCCAUCUCUACUCAAACCAAGUACCCCAAAUCAAAGCCUCAAACUGAUAGCCAUUCACCAUGUCUACCUCCAGCAUCUCUGUUGUCCUCAGGCAGCCCUCUCGAACGCUUCCGUUCCGGUCAUUUGGUGCCUCCCUAGCCAAACUGCCUGAGGAGUUAAUCCUUCAAAUCCUCGAAUAUGCGCUAUCGUCUCCCGGGUUCAUUGCGAAAACCGACUUCUGGGCAGGAGAAUGUGAAUGGCCAGAGUGUCACUGUCAAGGCGCCUGGAAACACGUUCCAGCGAAGACAUUCACACAAUACACCGUAGCCCCUCUCCUCGCAGCGCCAAAGCCGAUCCCGAGGCUCGCACAAUUGGCCUUCUACGCGAAUAAUACUUUCCACUUAUGUGGGCCUCAAAACGACAUGACGUGGAAUGGAUCCGGGUUUUGGCUGCCUCCUCCAGGGGUCCGACACUGGAUUCGGCACCUGGAAGUCGAAAUUCAGAUCGCGAUACCACGAGCAGAUCCCUCUUCAUCAUCGGGAGGACAGAGAGGCUCCGUCUUCACCCCUGCGAUCGAUUGGCAAUUUCUUCGCCGACUACAGCGAGGCGUCCACGGAUUCACCGGCCUGAAAACUCUAAAGCUGAUGUUUGAGGCCUUGUAUGUCACAACGCAAGAUAGACUCUAUAUUCUCGACGAACAGCUAGGCAGAGCCGAGCCUUUCUGUUUUCAAACGCAGACUCUUAUCGUUGAGGUAUGCUCACCCUGGCCGAUAUGGCUGGACGACGAUGCCUCUUCCGGAGACAUAAUCCGCGAUGAAUCCCUGGGAAUAGUUUUGAGGAGACACAUGUCUGCGACCGGCACCUGGUCGACAAGGGGAGAGGUCGAGUAACAAGCGAAAGAACGGGAUUGGCCUCAGCGGGUGUCUGCAGCUAUGCGAUAGCAAAAUGGCCCGUCCAUGUCCCCGGUAUCUUAAAAGAAGCUAUGCUGGUACAAAGUUGCUUGCGUAUUUGCGUACGAUUGUGUGAAUGAAUGGUACAGUCAGACUAUAUCACACGUACUCUUCAAUGCCCAGUAGCGUUGAAAAUCAAUAUGAGUGAUGACGAGUCGAGUGAUGAUCAAGUCAAGUG